AUGCUCUUUUGUGUACUCAUUCUAUUGAUGCUUCACAUGGCUUCUGCACUCAAGAACGUUGUGGUCGUUGGCGGCAGUUAUGUUGGCAUCAAUGCAGCUCGUGAGCUCAUGAGCAUCAUACCGGCAUCUCAUAGAGUCCUCCUUGUUGAGCCUCAUACUCACUUCAACCACGUCUUCACCUUCCCCAGAUUCGCCAUACUGCCAGGCUAUGAGCAGAAGGCAUUCGUUCCGUACAAUGGCGUGUUCACGCCAUCAUCACGACACAGCACUGUAGCUGCUCGAGCUACUCACGUUCACCCAGAUCAUCUCGUGAUCGACAAGAAAUGGAAUGGCUCAAACAAAAUACCAUUCGACUAUCUGGUCCUGGCAACUGGCACCCGUCUGGCGGCUCCCUCGAUGAUGCCGUAUGAUGACGAUGCAUCUUCGGUCAAGUAUCUGCAAGCAUACCAGAGUCAGCUUGCUGCUUCUACAUCUGUGGCGAUCAUCGGGGGUGGUGCCGUUGGGGUGCAGAUGGCUCUAGAUCUCAAGGAGAUUUACCCAGAGAAGAGAGUCACCCUUGUCCACUCCCGUGAGAACCUGAUGCAUCAGUUCCAUAGCGACUUCCACAACAUCCUCAAGGACGCUUUCGAGGAGAAAGGCAUCGAGCUGAUCACCCAGGCCCGAGCCAAGGUCCCUGAAGGUGGCUUCCGUAAUGACGGCGAGACUGUCGACGUUGAGCUCACGAACGGUCAGCGAGUCUCAGCAGAGUUUGUUAUACUGGCUACCGGGCAAAGGCCGAACAAUGGGAUGAUUCAAAGUCUGGCGACGAAGAACCCGGACGGCUUAAUCAACCCAGCAAAUGGUUUUAUUCGCAUCAACAAGACUCUGCAGAUUCAGGACGACCAGUACCCCAACAUCUUCGCGGUCGGCGACAUCGCAGACACAGGCCUCCACAAAGCCGCAAGACCCGGUGCAGCACAGGCCAAGGUCGUGGCCAGCAAUAUCUUAUCACUCAUCGAAGGUCAGAAAGCCACAGCAGAGUACCAAAACUCACCGAGAGCGAUCCAUUUGAGCAUGGGUCUCAAACGUAACAUCGUCUUCCGCAACCCCGAUGAGGCUUCAGGCAAUACCCAGCCGAUGAUCAAGGAGAAGUUCGACGGCCGAGAAGAUAUGAAUGUGGAGGGCAUGUGGGAGAGGCUUAAUGUGGCAAUCAGGAAGCCUGUUGAACAAGAGAUCCGAGCUGAGCUGUGA